AAACUAAUCAUCGUUUACAAGGCCAGCUCUGAAACAGUCAAUCCUUCAAGUAAUGGGGAAGCAAUAUAUAUCCACAGUGAGUGCGGCAAAGGCUCAUGAACUGGACGUCCUGGGAUUAGCAAUUACGAAUAAGUACACAGUUACUGUAUCUAGCGAUGGAUAUGCAAAUUUUUGGGAUAACAAGCAAGACGAAGCCCAUGACCCAAAUGCUUUCGUUGUUAAGAAGUUUAUAAGCAAAUAUGGAGUGCAUCACGUAAGUGUUUACGAAAACAUAAUGCCUUCUACUAAAGUUAAAGUUGUUCUUUUAGCAUUUGCCAAUUUUGAUGGGUCAAUUGUCGUAAAAUCUUUUGUUAAUGAUGAUUUAUCAACUUUUGCAGAUGUGGAUACUGGCAAUGAAUUCAAAGCAUCUUUCUGGUGUCCAGGCUUCUAUAAGAAUCCAUUGGGCCAACAAGAUUUUUUAUUUGCCACUCAUGCCUCAGGAUCAACUUCGGUAUAUGAUUUGAAGAUAAAUUCCACAGAAAAUAGUAUUGACAUAUCGGUUUCCAUUGAGUUAGCAGGUAAACUAAAUGCCAAUGGUACUGAUAAUUCAUUUCCUAAUUCUCUUUCUGUAUCUAAGAAAGACAAACAAGUGGCUAUUGGUUAUACAAACGGAGAUGUGAUUUUAUAUGAUUUUGCCGCCAUGAAACCAGUGUACACCUUUCAUUCAACCGACUUACAGCAAACUGGUAAAGGCUCUGCAUCUAGCUCAAUUCCAAGAGUAGUUGAAUUUUCACCGGGUGGAUCUAUACUUGCGGUGGCUCGUGAUAAUCAAUCCUCCGGUACAAUCACAUUGUACGAUGUCGAAUAUGGUGAAAACAUUGGUUCUUUAACCACUCCUUCUCAUAGCUCUAAAAACAAAAUCGGUGGUUUCGCUCAUGAUGGAUGGGUAAUGGGAUUGAGUUUUGAUUCUGAAGGUAAAUUAUUGGCAAGUUGUGGUUUUGAUAAAUGCGUAAGAAUAUGGAAUUUGGAGUCAAGAGAGAGAGAAGCCACCAUAAAAGUCUCUAUAUCCGAUCUAGAAGAUACUGAACACGACGAAUCAGUGGACCAGAGUGUUGUUAGUGGUGUCCAGUUUAUAGAACGAGGUAUAAGAGGUGGAGCAGGUGGUGACUCGAACGAGGGGCUUUGUAUUAUCAGUUUUGAUAGAGCUAUCAGAUGGUAUAGAGAAGCCGGAGGUAUUUGAUAGAGAAAUGUAUAGAAAAGUCAAUGUAUAUUAGCUAAACUUCAUUUAGUCAAUUAUUGCAAAAAUAU